GUCGCCAUCUUGUUGUUAGGAAAGCUUUGCUGGCAGCUGUCAAGCAUUAUUUUACCCGUUUACUUUUAAUUCCUGAAGCAGCUUGAAAUAACAAAAAUGGCAAAAACUUGUAUGCCUGAUGCUCUAUUCCACCAGCUUUUAGAUAGAAUAAAUCAGGAAACAAAAUCUUCAGAGAAAAAAGUAGAAAUCCUGUACAGUUCCCGUGGAUGCUAUAGCGCACCUCAGGCCGCGACCCUUCUUAUGUGCUAUGCCAGCCCAUCUGACAGAGUGAGAGUUAUCAAACUUCUGGAACCUAGACUAUGCAGAAUGAGCUGCGCUGAUGCCAGACAAAUCAUCAACUGUGUCACCGUGCAAAAUGAUAAGCUGAUUGUGCUGGACUGUGUUAAAAGGGCGCUUACAGAUAAUCAGACAAAGCUAGGCACAGAGUACAUCCUGAGUGCAUUCCCCUUUGAGAACGAUAAGAUGAAAGCUUUUAACAUCCUUAACACUGUUUCGUCUUUCGUGGGAGAAAAGGUAGCGGCAGGUGGUCACCAGGGUUACGCUGCCCUCGGAGGUCUGUACACACAGGCUCGUCCCAUGGUGCCCCAUCUCUAUGGCGACCUAGAACGUCAGGCACAACAAAUACCAGGUCAAGGUCCGAUCCAUAUCCCUCUAGAGGCCCAACCUGGGGUGGUUCCCUCCAUCUACACCGGACACCCUUCGUAUGCCUACCCAGCGGACAUCAGCUACAUUAAGGAUCGAGGUUACCCAGGGAGUGCAGAAUUCCCCAUCUCAGAGGCGAACAUGCAGCCCCCAGUGUACCCUGCUGGUGCCCCACCACUCUCAUAUCACAGCGGUGCGCCAAAUCCCACCGGAUUUACACGCGCGUAAAUAAGCAAAGGGAUGAAACUUGGGGAAAACAUUGAUAAAAAUAAGAGUACUGCCCCUUUUUGAAAUUGCGUGAUUAUAUUGAGACUGUUUUUUAGUAUCUUAAUUAUUUAUUUCCUUAAAAAGUUCAUAGAAAUGAGACCACAUGUUUUUACUUUGUCUAUUUUCUGUAACUUAAACCAAGGUAUUGCUUUGUUUAAGAACUGUUUAAGCCUUUGUUAUGUGAUAUAAACUAGUUACAUCAUUGUUAGGCAGUUUCAUUGUUAAGUAAUCCUUAAAAAACCUCAUUGAACUCAUAACUUUAAGACAGAAUGGGUGUUUACUAACAUGGCAAAAUGACUAUACACAUUUAUAUACAUUCAUAUACAGUUUUAAAUAAUCACUACAUUUUUAUAAAUUGAUUUAUAUAUCUAGUUUUAUUUUUAUGUCUUUGUUGUUAAGUACAAACUAAGAAUCUUAAAGGUCUUCUUAGUGGUCUACAUUAAACUAACCACCUACUUGGCCAGCCACUGUUUAUAUCUACAGCUUCACCUGAUUAAAAUCAAUAAUGGCUGAAUGCUGAUUUAAUGAAAUAAAUGUAUUGGAAAACAUGGGAAAUUCUGCCUUUUUAAUUGGACAAAAUAUAAUGUGGACCACUUAUAAAGGUGUAUAUGAUAUCUUUAUAUUAUUGCCAUUGGUCGUUUUAGUUUAUUUAAUGUCUUGAUGGCACUGCAUAACUUUCAUAUCAAAAAUUGCAAUUAUUUUAUAAAUGUGUAUAAUGAUUUAUAAGUAUAUCAAAAUUUAAAGUGUAGACAUUACUUUUAUUCCAUUAUUUACUGUAGCAGUAUUACAGUUUUUAUAGAUGUGAGAUUUAAACUAAAGUCAGUAUUAUAUUUUUUAAAUGUUGUUUGUAACAUAAUCAAAAGUGAAGAAGUUUAUCAAAAUAAGUAUUCCAUUUUUGCCAUACCUAAUAUUUCAGUAUUAACAUUAAUUUCCUCUAGCAGUAUAAUCCCUCUACUUCUGCUGUAAGUAAUACAAAUAUGAUAUAAAUAUAUCUUUGCAUUGUUUGUAUUUUGGGGUAGUUACUGCCAUACUUACUGGUUUCAUUACCUGAAGGGCAAUGGUCUGACUCGAAAUAUUAUUCAUAUGAUGCAAGUAGACUGCAUGUCGUUAUUAUAUUAUAUUAACCAUUUUCAUAAAAAAAUGCUGAAGUUUGCUUUAACAACACAGAUAUAUUUAGGGUGUUUUUUACAUUUUCUAGAUAUACAUAAUUAGAAAUUAUAAAUAUGUGUGAUAUAUUCAGAAUUCCAGAACUCUUUAUUAAUACAGUCAUUAAAUGUUAAUUGUUAUCAAAGCUGUUGUGUAAAAACUUAAACCUUGGUCAUAACUCUAAAACUGUUUAAAAUAUUUGAAUGAAACUUGCCAGAGACAAAAUGCACAUGUAUUUCAAGGCCCAUAACUCUGAUUCAUUUCAACCCAAUUUUUAACUGAAUAAACACCAGAUGAAUGUUUGCGAUCGCUCUGGGGCCCUUUUAUUGUUAAUUGCUGCUGUUUUCUCAAUAGUGCUUUCUUCCAUAUUUCCCUAUAUGUUUUAUAUAAGUGUCCGCUUUCAUUCCCAAAACUGUGAUAUAUACAUUUGUUUUGAUUGUACUAUGUCUAUAUAUUUCACUACAUGUUGUUUUGUUUUUUUAUCAUUUACACAAGUAUGGUAUUGUUAUCAUGGUGAAACUGUGAGUUAGUAUGUCGCAACUGAAUUUUCCUUUAAUGUUGCUUGAAUGUUAUUUGUAACCAAAAUAACUUAAUAAGAAUAGUUUACUAAUUUUGAAUAAACUAAUUUAAAUUUUCUUUUAUAAUUAUUUUAACUGAUGUAUAUAUUUUUUUAUUUAUUUUAAAUUGUUAUUACAAAGGUGUUAACUUCCAUUUUAUGGUUAGCUAUAAAUUAACAAUAUUUAAAGUAUUAGUGUCCUUUAAAGUAAUUAUAUUGAUAUACUCUAUGAAAUCAAUUUUCAAACAGUCUUCAGGCCAUUCAUUUAUAUUUUUAAUAUUUUGACUGAAAAGUACAUGACUUUGUAACCAUGGCCGUUUUUGUCCAAAUGAACUUAAUGGAUUAAAAAUAGUUACAGAUAACUAAAAUAUAUAAAUAAAUAGUCACCUAUUGUAUUUUGAAAUCUUUGAAGAUGUCCUGCCCUUUCAUACUCUCUGCUUGACAUGACUGUUGUGAAUAAAAAAAUAAAAAUC